CCUGGUCAGACCCUGAAGAGGAUGUUCCUCCUCCUGGUCUUCCUGCUGGCUGUCCUACCAGUCAACAUUGAAGGAGGAAAAAUCAUAUGGGGUAAAGAGUCCAAACCUCACUCCCGGCCCUACAUGGCAUACAUAAGUUUUUAUGAUAGCAAUUCACUUCAAAGUAAUUGUGGUGGUUUCCUGGUGGGAGAAGACAUCGUAAUGACAGCAGCUCACUGUUUUGGAAGCCAUAUAAAUGUAACCUUAGGUGCUCACAAUAUCCAGGAAUGGAAAAACACCCAGUUCAUUCCCGUCCUUAAAGCCAAACCACAUGAGAACUAUAAUUAUGAAACUUGGGUUAAUGACAUCAUGCUCCUGAAGCUGGAACACAAAGCUCAACUCAAUAGUGCUGUGAAGACUAUUGCUCUUCCAAAGAGCCAUGAUCGGGUGAAGCCUGGGCAGGUGUGCACAGUGGCAGGUUGGGGAAUCUUGCCCAAUUGUAUUUCACCUAAAACACUUCAAGAAGUGGAUCAAGAAGUUCAAAACGGCCAGAAGUGUUAUGCCAGGUCCACAAACUACAACAACUCCAUCCAGCUAUGUGUGGGAAAUCCCAAUAACCGAAAGUCUACUUCUGAGGGAGACUCUGGGGGACCCUUGGUGUGUGAUGGAGUGGCCCAGGGCAUUGUCAGUUAUCGCUUCUGUCCAUAUACACCUCCUCGGGUAUUCACAAGAAUCUCUAGCUUUAUGCCUUGGAUUCAGAAAACAAUGAAACUCCUAGAACAACCCUAGAACACAAAACCUGUGUCUGGGCCAGUGUCCAGAAUCCUGGGGUAUGGCUAUCUGAAUCUUAAUAAAGAAAUCUGUCUGCAA